AGCGCUUCCUUGUGAAGAUGGCGGCUCCCUUGUCUCUGCUUCUGGUUGUAGCCGUCACAAUCCGCGCGGCCCUGAACAGAUCCAGCCUUGCGGAGCUGAUCGCAGAGAGGGUGGAGGUGGUGUCUCCGAUCACCGCCUGGAAGCGAGUUAUCGAAGGCUUAGCGCUGCUUGAUCUGGGAGUUUCUCCGUAUUCCGGCGAUGUUUUCCACGAGACUCCUCUCAUCAUUUACCUCUUUCACUUUCUGGUGGAUUAUGCAGAAAUCACAUUCAUGCUGGCGGACGUGAUCACAGCGGUGGCUCUUUAUGAGGCCAUGAAGGACUUUAACAAGCAAGUGUUCAGGAGGCAGAAGUUUUACCUGGAGGCGGAGCGUUACCCUGCAGACUGCCUGGAGCUCAUCAGGAGCCCCACUGAGAUGUUCUACAUCCCCCUGAAAGUAGCCAUGUUUUACCUGCUGAACCCGUUCACCAUCUUGUCCUGCGUUGCCAAGUCGACCUGCGGCCUGAACAACGCCGUCCUCUCUCUGUUUGUCCUCACAACCAUAAAAGGAAAUGUUCUGCUGAGUGCCAUUUUCCUCUGCUUGGCCACCUACCAGUCCAUCUACCCUCUGACGCUGUGCGCCCCCGCCAUGCUGUACCUGAUGCAGCACCAGUACGUCCCGGUGAACCCGCGGCGCGCCGCCUUCUGGUGGUUCGUGGUUCAGUACCUGUUCAUGUACCUGGGCAGUUUGUUCGUCAUCGUCUGCCUGUCCUUCUUCCUGCUGGGCUCCUGGGACUUCCUGCCCUCCGUCUACGGCUUCAUCCUCUCGGUUCCUGACCUGACGCCCAACAUCGGCCUCUUCUGGUAUUUCUUCGCUGAGAUGUUUGAGCAUUUCCGCCUCUUCUUCCUCUGCGUCUUCCAGAUCAAUGUCUUCUUCUACACCGUCCCUCUGUGCAUCAAACUGAAGGACCAGCCGGUGUUCCUGAUUUUCAUGCAGCUGGCGGUGAUCUCCAUCUUUAAGUCUUACCCCACCGUGGGCGACACGGCGCUCUACCUGGCCUUCCUCCCCGUCUGGAGUCACCUGCACAGAUUCCUCAGGAACAUCUUCCUGGUUUCCUGCGUCCUGCUCGCCUGCUCCGCUCUCUUCCCGGUUCUCUGGCAUCUCUGGAUCUACGCUGGAAGCGCCAACUCCAACUUCUACUACGCCAUCACGCUGCUGUUCAACGUGGCGCAGAUCCUGCUGGUGUCAGAUUAUUUCUACGCCUUCCUGCGGAGGGAGCACCACCUGACGGCCGGGCUGUACCUGAAGAAGAAGGACGGCUCGGAGGCGACGCUGGUGCUGAAAUGAAGCGCACCCUGCUGCAGAGCAACGAGCGGAUUGAACCGGAUAGAACCUGAUUGAACCGGACCAAACCGGAUCGAACCUGAUAGAACCUUAUAGAACCGGAUCAAACCUGACCGAACCGGAUCGAACCGGAUAGAACCGGAUAGAACCUCCUCAGACGAAGUGAGGAGGAGUAAAAACGCUGAUGGUGCAGAACUCGAAGCGACUCGCCGCCAUUUCCGAUGAACAAACUCUGAACUGUUCAGGAGGGAAAGUUUCAUCUGAGAAUAUUUUAUUCUGAACUUUUUCUGUUUAAACGUAAAAUGUAGGAAACUUGCGAAUGUCCAGAGAAAUGUCUCAGCAUCUCUUCGUUUUGUCUGGUUUUACUUGGUGACUUUUAAUUUCUUUGUGUUGUGAGCAGAAUGACAGGAUUAUAUAAAGUUAUAAAAGUUUCAGUUAUUCAUUGGAUCUUUUCUGGGAUGAAAACAAAACUUCAUUUUUUGCUUUGCAGAUUAUGGGUCACGAUAAAAUUGUCCAAGCUGCAAAAACACAAA